GAAGCACAGUUGAGGGAAGAGGAUGAAGGUGGAAAGUGAAGAUUGAUGGUGGAAGAGUUUGUUACAAAACGUAACAAACUUUUGGAGAUGAAUGAAGAGAGAAAGAGUAGAGAGAAAAAAACGAGAACUGAGAACAAUGAGUGUGUGUGUGUGUGUUAAGAGUGAAUGGCUAGAGUUUAUAUAAGUGUGUGUAUGGCAUAGGGUGUGGUGUAGUUGCAAUAGCUGAUUCCUUUCUCACCACACGGUCACCAUGAUCACCAUCAUCAUCAUCAUCAUUUCACUUUUGCUACGGUUUCGCCAUAAAAAAGUCUCAGCAUUCAAGUCUCAAAGAUCCAUAUCCACUCUAUAGUUGUUCAACAUUGAUUAGCAAGAUUCAAGGAAGCGGUGUAGAGUUUUCUAAAUUUCUGCUCCAAGAUUCACACAGUCAUUGCUUGAAGCAGCUCGGAUUUUCACUCAACAAUGGCAGUGACACUCAAAACAUUUCCUACAAUAUUUGUGGUAUUUUUGUUUGUCUCCGCCGCCAUUGCUACUCACCCGCCUCCACCACCAGACCCUUUCUUGACUGCACCUCAUCAAGCUAUGUUUCCUCCGGUCACAACCGGCCCUAGCCGGGACCUUAAAAAACCUAUUCCAGAGUCGCUGAUAGCUUUCUCAGUAGUGGCUGGACUUGCACUUUUCGCUAUAUGUGUGGGAGUGCUCUUUUGUGUGUAUUUUAAAUCAUCUCCACCACCACUUGCUGCUACUGAUGAGAUAGUGGUUGGAAGUUGCACUGCCAAUGCAAACACUCAGAGGAAUGGAAUGGAUGAAACUUGACUUGGAUAUUUAUCAUUAUUAUUAGAAUUCUAAGUUUUUCUAUUAUCACCAUGUAUUAAAUAUUUAUCCAUCAUGAAUUAUCGAAUGAAGAAAUUAUUUAUUAAACUA